UGAGUUUUUAAACCAAGACUGAAAUAUUUUAGCUAGGGAAACCUCACAUUACCAUCUACUGCUGAAGCAACAUAAACCAUGGCGACAACAGAAGAAGACUUCCCACGAGGUGGGACAGUUAAGAAGACUUCCGAAAGUAAAAUAGUGACACUGACUGAGGUGGACAACCUUUUCCAGUCAAAUGAACCAACAGAAACAAAGAAAAGGAAGGGGGCUCCCAAAGAUGAUAGCAAGAGAGUUAAAAAGCAAAAUACUUCUGACAAGAAACAAGAUGUUCUGACCCUCAAUGCGUCUGCAAAGUCUGUGGAAAUACUUCAUAUGAAGGACGUAAAGGAGGGCAUGUUGAUGCUGGGCUGUGUGAAAGAUGUAUCGGACUUUGAGGUCACUGUUGGUUUACCUUGUGGCAUGCAAGGUUUCCUCAGCAUCAGGAACAUCUGUGACUCGUACACCAAGAUGCUCACUGAACUACUAGAUUCAACUGACACGGAGGAUAUCUGCGCUUUGCCACAGCUCUUCUAUUCUGGCAUGUUGCUCAGAUGUGUGGUUGCCAAGUUGGACACCACGAAGGGAGGCUCUGUCAGCGUGCAGCUGUCAAUCAACCCAAAGUUGGUCAACAAGGCUCUCACCUCUAGUGCUCUGAAGGCUGGCAUGGUGUUGAGCGGAUGUGUUGAUAGUAUUGAAGAUCACGGCUACAUAGUUGACAUUGGUGUCACUGGAACGAAAGCCUUCCUUCCCAAGAAAACUGAGAAAGAGAAACACAACCAUAACAGUGAGCUGAAAGUGGGCCAGUAUUUGACUUUUCAACUACAGGAAGUGAAAAACGAUGGACGUUUAGUGCGACUGUCUGUCUACUCCGCACCCGGCAGCCAGGCUUGUGCCGAAUCCCAUCACGGAUGGACCUUGACUAACCUUUUGCCGGGUCUUCUUGUCAAAGCCACAAUUGCAAAGGUGACCAAACAUGGACUGCUCCUGGAUUUUCUGUCGUCCUUCAGUGGUCAGGUGGACUUCCUCAACAUGGAGCGAGACAAGGCUUCCAGCUACACAGAGGGAAGCAAGGUGCAAGCCCGUGUGCUGUACGUUGAGCCAUCCACACGUUUGAUAGGAAUGAGCCUGCGUAGCUACCUGGUUCAGCCUGAGACCAGAAUCAUCACCACUCCUGCCUGCGGUGACCGUAUUGGUGAAGUUGUGAAGGACUGCAAGAUCACUUCCGUGCACCACAUGUCUGGAGCCAUGUUGGAACUUCCUGACGGAACCCUGGCGUUUGUACAUAGGACCCACCUGAAGGAGCCAAAUGAACCAUUCAAAGAGAACAGAGUGCAGGCCUUGACCAAGCACACCUGCAGGAUAAUGGACUUUAGCCCUAUGGACCAAAUUCAUCUUGUUAGUCUGCGCAAGAGUUUGAUUACGAGAACUUUCUAUCGAUACCAUGAUCUUCAGGCGGGUCAAGUCGUAGAGGGGACAGUCUCAGUCUUGUCGAGUCAUGGGAUGGUGGUGCAUUUGUCUGGCCACAUUAGAGGGCUGGUGCCUCGGACACACCUGUCUGACAUUGCCCUAAAGAACCCUGGGAAAAAAUACACAGAGGGCAUGAAGGUGAAAUGUCGGGUGCUGUCAGUUGAACCAGACAACAAAAAGCUGUAUCUGACCAGAAAGAUGACCCUUGUUGAAAGCUCCCUGCCCUUGUUCCUCAGCUACACAGAUGCGCGUCCUGGACGAGUGUCCCACGGUUACAUCGUCUGUGUCAAAAACUUUGGCUGCAUUGUUCGAUUCUACAACAACGUCAAGGGUCUAGUGCCAGUCAGCGAGCUUGGCUCUGAAUUAAUCCUCAACCCAGAAGAGGUUUUCCGUGUUGGUCAGGUGUUGAAGACCAAGGUUCUCCAGUGUGAGCCAGAGAAUGCAAAGAUGCUGCUGUCAUUUGAGACUGCAGCGGAGGUAGACGCUGAAGAAGCAGUUCAGUUUGAUUGUGAGGUGGGAAAGAGACUGGAAGCCAAGGUGCUGAAGAAAUCGGUCAAUGGUGUGGUAGUGUCUAUCUUUCCUGAGGAGAUUAGUGCCCUGCUACCCACCAUGCACCUCUCUGAUCACAUUUCCAACUGCCCUCUGCUAUGGGAGAGUCUGCAGGAGGGAGACACCAUCUCAAACCUUGUCUGCAUCCUCAAGCACAAGCAAAUGAUUACACUCACCAAGAAGCCAACAGUGAUAUGGUCUCUGGAGGAAGGAUUGGUUGCUAAGGAUUUCUCUGAGGUCACAGUUGGAAUGCAGAUGAUUGGCUGGAUCAAGAACAUCAUGGACUACGGUGUCUUUGUGGAGUUCCCAUACGGCAUCGUUGGUCUUGCACCAAAAUCUGCCAUCGCAGACGAGUUCAUCUCUGAUGUAAUGACAACAUUCCAGUUGGGCCAGACAGUGAUUGCUAAAGUGACUAAUUUGGAUGAUGACAAAAAACGAUUCCUGGUCACGCUUAAAAUUUCGGAGGUCAGUGUGCCAGAAGGAGCCGUCCAAACCCGACUUAUUAAUGCUCUGCGGGAGAGACGAGCCGUGACUGAAAUGAUUGCAAUGAGAGACCCCAGUGAUCUUCGCCAGCAGCUAUCUGCUUUAUCUAUAGGCCAGAGGCUAAAGUUGGUGGUCGAUACGGAGAAGGAUGGCGACGGUGCCAUCUUCAAGUCAGAUGAUUUGGUCGGUGCCACCAUACUGGCCACAAAGCAUCAUGUGAUGGGUUUUCAGUUGAGCCCUGGACAAAAGGUUACUGUGGUUGUCCUUUAUGUGGACAUCCUUUCUACUACUGUCCAUGUGUCCCUACUUCGCAAGUUGGUUGCCAAAAAGAAAGCGCUGACAGAAGAGGGCAGGUACACAGGCGUCGUGCAGCAUAUCGACAAAGACCUUGCCGUCAUCUCAUUACAAAACGCCGCUCAUCUAACCAUCAUUCAAACACAAAACCACCUGAAUGAGGUCACCCUCUCAGAGCAUAGCAAGCUGUGGGUUGGAAUUUGUUUGGCCACUGAAGUCAUUGAACCCGCCUGUGAGCAACUGCAAGGGCUUCCUCUGGUGUCGUGGAAGCGUACUGCACACAAAUGGCCCGCCUGUGAGAAACUGCAAGGGCUUCCUCCAGUGUCGUCGAAGCAUACUGCACCCAAAUGGCAGCGCACUGUCUCUGAAGGCGCCGCAGGUCACUGCUUUGGAGAAAUCGUGCAGGGCAAAGUACGAACUGUGAAGCCUACCAGCAUUCAGGUGACUUUAGAGGAUGGAAGCACUGGCAGUGUGCACGUGUCUGAGGUGAUGGAGGCUGCGGAAGUGUCACCGGGAUCCUUCCCUACGUCCUCUGUCAAAUUGGGCAGUGUGGUCACUGGCAGGGUGAUUGGAGGACGAGAAGCCACCGGCCACAGAUUCCUACCCUUUUCCCAUCCAAGAUUCACAUACACCAUCCCUGAGCUCACACUCGUACCCAGCAAAUUGGAUGCGAAAGUCGAGCUCAAGCCAGUUGCAGCAAAAGACAAAGUGGGCAGUUACAAGGUUGGGGAGGAAAUAACAUGUUUUGUUUCAAAGUUUCACACCGACAGUAAGACUUUGGAGCUCACCUGUAAUCCUUGUGUCACUGGAAGAGUAGAACUGCUGGCCAUGAUUACUGACCCCAAAGAUUCUAGCCACCCGGAGAAGAUAUACAAACUUGGUCAAACAGUCAAGGCCAAAGUGGUCGAAGUGAAUCUCAAGCCUCAGUACCUUGUACUGUCACUCACAGGUUUUCAUAAACUGGAGGCAGGAAGUGUCGUGUUGGGGAUGGUUACUGACAUGGUGCAGCAUGUAGGCCUCAUGGUCAACCUGCCCUUUGGUUGCAAGGGAGUUGUGGCCAUCACCGAUCUCUCUGACGCGUAUAGGCCCAACCCCCUGGCAGCUUUCAGCAAGGCUCAGCUGCUCAGGUGUUACCUUCUAGGCAGUGAAAACGGCAAGUGGCAGUUGUCUCUACGGCCAUCGAGGUUGAUCCCAGAUGAGGCCAAACCAGCAAAAGAUCCAGAGGUUGUGUCCUUUAACGACCUGCGUGCAGGCCAAUUAAUCAGAGGCUACGUCAAGUCUGUCAGUGAGCAAGGGGUCUUUGUAAGAUUGUCAAACCAUAUUACGGGGAGAGCUGAACUCCAGCAUUCCACCAAGUACUUUGUUAUCAAGCACAAGGACCUCUCCAAUCACCUGCCUCCCAACACGCUGCUCACCACAAAGAUCCUUCGCAUUGACAAAAAAGAGAAGUUAGUCAACCUGUCGCUACUCCCCAAGGACACUGGGAAGCCAGACAUCCUUCCAGAGUCCCUCAAUCUGCCACUGCGCCUGAUAGGGAAGGAGAAAAAGAAGUACGACCUCGAAAAGAAAAUCAAACGCUCACUGCCUGAAUGUGAAGAGAACCAAAAAGACAGCCCCCCACCAAAAAAGAAGAAGCAGAAGAAAGCAAGCCCUGAAGACUGUGACAGCGGGGUUGAGGUUUACUUCAGAGAGGAGGAAGAUGGUGAAAAUAAAGAAGAACCCAAACCUGCAGCUGUAAAACAGGUUCCCAAUUCUACUGGACCCUCCAGACUGCAGGUGGCAGCUGGAUUUUCCUGGGAUGUUGGCCUGAGCUCGCUGAAGCCUGCCACAGCAAACAAGGAUGCGGAUUCCAGUGAUGGAGAGGACCAAGACGAAAGCAGUGAGACUCAGAAGAAGUCUCGGUAUGAACUGGAGCAGGAGAAAAAGGCAGCAGAGAAAGCCCUGGUGCGGCGGGAGACUGAGCUGAUGGACCCUCAGCUCAGACCUCAGGAUGCAGCAUCAUUUGAGCGCCUCCUCCUGGCCUCGCCCAACAGCUCGCUCCUCUGGCUUCAGUACAUGGCUCACCACCUGCAGGCCACGCAGAUUGAGCAGGCCCGCGCCGUGGCCGAAAGGGCGCUUAAAACCAUUUCUUUCAGAGAGGAGCAGGAGAAACUGAAUGUGUGGGUUGCCCUCCUAAACCUGGAAAAUAUGUACGGCACGGCAGAGGGCCUCAAGAAAGUGUUUGAGCGGGCGCUCCAGUUCUGCGAGCCCAUGCCGGUCUAUCAGCAGCUGGCUGACAUCUACUCCAAGUCUGACAAGAUCAAGGAGGCAGACAACUUGUAUAAGUCAAUGGUGAAGCGUUUCCGUCAAAAUAAGGCUGUAUGGCUGAGCUAUGGGAACUUCCUGCUUCAUCAGGGGGAGAGUGACGCUUCCACGGUCCUCCUGCAGAGGGCGCUCAAGAGUCUACCUUCCAAAGAAAGUGUGGAUGUGAUUGCCAAAUUUGCCCAACUGGAGUUUCGCUACGGGAAUACCGAAAGGGGUCACGCAAUGUUUGACAAAGUCUUGACAAGCUACCCAAAACGCACAGAUCUCUGGUCCGUCUUCAUCGACCUAAUGGUCAAGCAUGGGGCACAGAAAGAAGUCAGGGCUCUCUUUGAUCGCGUAAUUCACCUGAGUGUGUCAGUGAAGAACAUCAAGUUCUUCUUCAAGCGCUACCUGGAGUACGAGAAGAAGCACGGCACGCCGCAAAGUGUACAGGAGGUCAAAAAGAAGGCUGUGGCGUUUGUGGAAGGCAAAAGCUUAAACGCUUGCGACUAAAGAGUGAAUGCAAGCGUUGCUGCUCAGGUUCUUCAUAAGGAACAUCAACAUUCUGACUUUUUUAUUGUUUUUUAUUGUCGGACUGAAUUCCUGCAUCCUGAAGAUUCAAACCAACCUUUGUAAAAAAAAAGUAUUAAUGUGGUGAUGGUGAACCAGAAUUUAUCUGGAUUCCCUUUUAUUCCUUGUCUCAUUGUAUGAAUUUGUAGCUAAUAUGGGAGAAUUGUUUGUAGAAGCUUUGCAAUGACUCUCAAUAAAUAUUCCACCAUUACAAUACAUUACAUGACUUUUUGUUUAAAAAUCUCCCAUAUUAGCUAAAAAAUCUGAUACUUUAUUGAUCUCCAAGAGAAAUAACCAGAAGAAGUCUAAGUUCCACCAGCCCGAAGGUGACCAUCUCACUCUGCUGGCCGUCUGUAACUCAUGGUAAAUGGUCUUUGACUUGUAUAGCACUUUUCCACCGCCAAGGCACUCGAAGCGCUUUGACACUAUUAGCACAUUUACCUACUGCAGGCCCGUAACCGGGGGGGAUUCGGGGGGUUCGAACGAACCCCCCCGCGGGCGACCAGAGGUCCGCUUGGUUAAGAAAAAAAAAAAGCUGCUAUCAAGGUGUGCAAUCCCGUUCACUUCCCCAACAUCAGGGUCCUCCUUCAUUUGGCCUGUACCACCCCAGUAACAUGGUGUGAAUGUGAGCCAAGUGCCAGAACCUUGAAGCGUCUGAACACCUACAUGAGGGCCAGUAUGACGCAACAGCGGCUGACCUCGCUGGCACUUCUCCACAUUCACUACAAAAAGGUUAUCAACCUAGAGGAAGUGGUGGACAUAUUUUCCAUGAAUGAGCGAUAGGUAAGGCUGAAACACGUUGUAGUGAUUCAUAUAGUGCAGGCCUGUGUAAAUAGCAUCCACCACUGAAGCCAUGGCAUGCUCAGUCGCCCAGUAAACUGAUUAACUUAUCUAAAUAGGGCAAGCUUGAUGUUGUCAUUUUGCCCAUAAGCUUGUAAUUUGGAGGAAAUAACAUUGUUAUGUCUGUCCAAAAUAUGCAUCAGAAAACUGUUUUUUCGGGCUCCAAAUGCAAAAUUUUCCGUGCUCCCUCCACCCACUUUUCCAAUUUUUGGUCGGUUGAAAAUUCGCUCCCUCGCAAAAGGUCCGUUCACUCAGAUUUUUUAACCCCCCCCAAAAAAUAUCUGGUUACGGGCCUGUGGCGCAGCAUCAGGAGCAACUGGGGGUUCGGUGUCUUGCCCAAGGACACGUCGACACGAUCACGGAAGGACCUUCAACCUUCAGGCCACUCUUUCACCUGAGCCAUGCCGCCCCCAUGGAAGAAUAACUAUUAGAAAUGCUUCAUCUCCAAGAGAAAUAAAGUAUCUAUCUGAAUUUGUAGCUAAUAUGGGAGAAUUGUUUGUAGAAGCUCUGCAAUGAUAUUCCACCAUUACAAUACAUUACAUGACUUUUUAUUUAAAAGCAACAAAUACAAAAUAACAAUAUACAAGGACACAUUUACGUACAAUACAUACAGGCUAGUUUUCUAUCCAUCUUUUUUUCUGUUUCUUCUUUUUUUUUUUUUUUUUAAAGGAAAGCUCCCGGGACACAUUCUGAAACGUUGCCUACUUAAAUCCAUCCUGCUGGUUACGUCAUCCAGACGGCGUGGCUUCCUCUUGACCAAGUAUUUCACCUACAUACACAGUGGCAGUAUUGAUUGUAAGAUGCAUGUGGGAUUAAUGGAUGGACUGGUAUUUGUGCUGGCUGGAUUGGAAACACCCCUGAGAUGGAAGAGGUAUCGGUACUGCUACUGUUGUACUGUGUCCAGCAGUGCAGAAACCCUCAGUGGCCCCUUUUCCAGUCAGGUUGUUGCUGAACAGUGCAUUAUGGAAGAUAAACUAGGACCAAUGUAACGAAAAUGUCCCAUUUCUUGACCUUAUAUGCUUCUGUCAGUUCCCACCGUGUAAUAUUGCUCAAAAGUCAGCAGCAUCAUGGCCACUUGGGACCAUAAACAGCAUUUUCUGCGGCGAGAUGUCCUGUGAGACGGUCAUCUGUAGUCGUAUUCAAACGUAUGUGGUUUCUUCAGGAAAAGUCUGGUUUCAUUCCUCCCAGCCACGCUCACACCUCCUCCGGCUCCAUGGGACCCUCAGCACCCUGCGGGGCGUCCGUGUGGAGUCGGAGGAUGGGUUUGUUGCACAUCGGGCAUACGCUGCGGAUCUCCAGCCACUUUAGCAGGCACCUGAAGAAACAAGUGCCCUCUUAAACAUACGCUGUAUUUACAAUAUACUCAAACUUGAUGCAUUUAACUUCGGGCUGUCAGAUGAUUACAAUGUUCAAUCACUUGAAACACUAUCGUGGUUCACCGCUGUUUCGCGUGUCUUUUUACAGCAAUUUUAGUGGGUUUUUUUUUUUUACACUGCCCAUUGUCUCCUGCAUCCUGAUUGGCUGU